GCCAACCCUUUCCUGAUUUGGCACGCCCGGAGUUCCCCACCUCAUCACAUUCCAACCCUCGCGAACACCAGUAGCAGUAUUUCCUUACGUCUUGGUCUUCUGAUCUCUGCUUCUCGACCUUUUCGUUCUCCGCACCAAAAACCCGUAUCACCUCGUCGACCGCGUUCAGCCACAAUUCACCGGUGUUGCUCGGGUAGCCUAACGGGAGUCCACCUGAUCUCAUACUGCCGCGCACGCAUCAUGAUCCCCCCUCAAGAAUUUCCCGAGCCUGAUGGCUCGUAUGCGCGUGGACGCAGCCUGGCAUGGCUCGCUUCGCCCUGAACUGCUGUAUCAUGCCACAUCUGAUGACUCGCAAGGAGCCGCCCGAUAUCUUCCCCAUGCCAGGCUAGCGUUCAACCUCUCGGUCGGUCCCACUCUUCGAUAUGCAAACCGCCGUUCACGUCCGUCCGUCGCGCUAAUCUGGAUCCCUGGUAUCAUGGAAGCGCCAGAGACCGUAGAGGUGUCGAGGCCGCGUAUUAUCGAUCUGCCCGAAGUGAUCGAACCCCUUCGUGGAGUUUACACGAGUCUCAACAUCACCGAUCCCUCUAUUUUGGUCGAGCGGACGCAUCAUGUCUAUCGUAUCGUGGCGAGUUUCAAUCUCGAGGCCAACAUCAUAGACUUCAACAGAGAUUCCCAGAAACACAAUAAAUUCUUCGAUUCUGUAUCUCUCCGCUACCUUUUCCAGUCAGGCGAAGCGCACAAGUUCCGGCCUCUCAGAAACAAGCGGGCGCAAGCGAACGUCACCCACGAGAGCGGCAAAGAGACUGGAGUGACGGGUGGCGCAUCAGGAGGCCUUCCUGCCGUAAGCCCGAAUAUAGAAUUUCACCUUCAGAGCCAUAGAACGGUGACGGCCGAACGUACAAUGAAAUCCUGGAGGCGCGGCGUCACAAUCGAGCACUACCCGGCCUUCAAGGAUGACUCUACCCGAUCCUUCAGCGCGGUGAUGACCCAUGCGCUCGCACCGCCACCCCCCAAAAGACGAGAUCAUUUCGUUGUCUGCCCCGCGAAGGACGACCGCGAACACGAAGUUUCCGAGGAAUGCCGCUUCUGGAAGCAUGGCGACCAAGGUUAUAACUGCGCCUUGCACUGGUUCUGGCAAAUCGAAUCCGACCCGCGCAUGUGGGCUCCCGAAGUCUACGAAAGCGUCUCCUGGCCCGUUUCCAUCGUGCGCAUAGUCCGCUGUAAAGAGUUCAGGAGUCUCAAGGAAUACGGGAAACGCCGUUCCGUCUAUCCCACUGCGGAACAGCUCGCGUACCUGCACUUUGACUUCAAGGUGGAGGUUCGGAUCCGAAGCCUGGGGUAUUUCACUAACCGCCUCCGACGUGCGGCUAAACCACCAGAAAUGCGGGCGAAGAGCGACCCUGGCGAACCACUUGGGUCGGAUCUUUGGGCGUUCUGCUUGUAUAUCACGUUCUCUGAUUUCCCAAAAGGCGCGCGUUGGCCGACGGAGCCUACCGCCGUGUGGGGCGACGCACUCAGAGCAUACGUCGCCCAGGUAAGCAUCUCCAAGCUCCUUCCCAAAGAUAUGGGGAGCACCCUAACACUCCGAGAAGGAAAUCAAUGCUGGUAGACCACUCCCAGAGAACCUACCUUCCUGGAAUGUGGUAGCGCGAGCCCUGUACGCGGAUGAGCUUCGCAGGUUCAAGGAAACGCUAGAAGCCUUCGGGAUGUCGCCAGGCAAAGAUAUUGAAACGCCAAGCAAGGACUCGAAUGUCAAGCCGACCGAGACUAGACCUGCCGACGGCAAAGAGGACGUAGAGAAGAGAGCUUCGAGAGGAGAGGAGGGACUCGCGAGUUCAGAAGACGAACACUACGC